CCUUAAGGAUGUGGGUCAUCACCGUCAUCUCUGUGGCCUGUCUGUUGAUCAGUCCAUCCCUGGCUGGAAUCAAAGAGCUCAGCUCUCACUUCACUGAGCCUAAACCAGAGCCCAGAGGUUUCGAACCAGACGGGACAGUGAAUAUAGAGGCCAUUCCCUUGGAGUUCCACAAAGAAAACACCGUCACUAAUGACCUCAUUUUUGAUGGAUUCGAGGAUGAAGAUUAUAUUGAUUUUGAUAAGAUCCUGGCUGCAGGCAGUGAUGACUACAUUGAAGGGGAUGAGAUCGAUGACAUUGCCACACCAGCCCCAGACAUUGAUAUCUUUGCCGAACCCUCUGACCCAAAGAUUCGUCGUGCCAGACUCCUACGACUGUUCCACGGUCGGUCUCGCCUUCAACGCCUCAACAUCGUCAACGCCCGUUUUGGUUUUAAUCUCUAUCGAAGUCUUCGUAAUGAUGUCAACCAGACUGACAACAUCCUGCUGGCACCCGCUGGCAUCUCCAUCGCUAUGGGAAUGAUGUCUUUGGGGGCAGGACCUGGAACCCACGAUCAGAUCUACAAAGCUCUGGGAUUUGCCGAGUUUGUCAAUGCCAGCCACCACUAUGACAACACAACAGUGCACAAACUUUUCAGGAAGCUGACACACAGGCUCUUCAGGAGGAAUUUUGGAUACACCCUACGCUCUGUAAACGAUGUCUACCUAAAGAAGAAUGUCUCUGUGAAAGACACUUUCCGUGCAGAGACCAAAGCUUUUUAUUUUGCAGAGCCACAGUCAGUGGACUUCAGGGACCCUGCUUUUCUGAGCAAGGCCAACCGUCGCAUCCAAAAGCUGACCAAGGGACUGAUCAGGGAACCACUCAAGAGUGUGGACCCGAAUAUGGUGCUGAUGCUGCUCAACUACCUGUACUUCAAAGGUACAUGGGAACAGAAGUUCCCCAAAGAAAUGACUCACUAUCGCAACUUCAGAGUCAAUGAGAAGACAAAUGUACGCGUGCCAAUGAUGACCAACAAGGGGAACUAUCUGGCUGCUGCUGACCAUGAGCUAGAGUGCGACAUCCUACAGCUCCCAUACACAGGAAACAUCAGCAUGCUUAUUGCCUUGCCUAGGAAGAUCACUGGCAUGAGAACCUUGGAGCAGGAGAUCUCCCCCACUGUCAUCAACAAGUGGCUCAAAAACAUGACAAACAGGACUCGUGAGGUUGUGUUACCUCGCUUUAAACUGGAGCAGAACUAUGACUUGAUUGCAAAUUUGAAGGAGAUGGGCCUCACUGACUUGUUCCAGGAGAGUGGAGAUUUCACUGGAAUGACUUCUGAAAAGGUUGCCAUGAACUGGCUGAAGCACCAGGGAACCAUCACUGUGAAUGAAGAGGGGACAGAAGCUGCUGCUCUGACCCAGGUGGGCUUCAUGCCCCUCUCCUCUCAGAUUCGCUUCACUGUGGAUCACCCCUUCCUCUUCCUGAUCUACGAGCACCGCACAGAUUGCCUUGUGUUCAUGGGCCGGGUGGUCAACCCCUCACAAACCUAAACUCAAGCUAACAGCUUAACUAUUCCAUCUUUGGUUAGAACUUCCAACUAAGUUUUAAUGAAUAAGAAAUAUUACUGAUUUUAAUAACUCAGGAGUUGUUUUUAAGAGUCAAUUAUUUCCAUUGGUACAAUAUAUAAAAUGUAACAAGUAGUCCUUAUGUGUAUUACUCACUUACUGAACGUUUGAACUUCUCCUUCAUAUUGCUCAAAGUGCUGAGUUUUUCUGAAUGACUCAAUGAACACUUGUUAUCUGCCUGUUAAUGUUUUAUCUUUUGCCGUGAGGCUAGUGGAGGAGUGUGCUCAGAAAAUGACAUUACGUAACUGUCAUUAUCCUGAUGCCUUACUGUAAUAUUUGCAGAAAUACCAUGGGUGAAUAACACAAGAAAGGAAAUAAUAAAAUCAUACAUAACACUA